AUGACCGAUUAUAAUCAAUUAUUUCAGCCAGUCAAGGAUCUAUUCAGUCAAAAUGCCGUUCAGACAGUUUUCAUGGCAUGGCUUCCAACGACACUUGCACCCUAUCUUACAAAAAACAUGUCAGUUGAUAUGUUUUUAAUAAGUGCGUCGGCUACGAUACUUACCGCGUUAUUCUUAUCAUUCUCUGGAAUAUGUUGUAGUUUAUAUUCUGGAUCCAUACCCUGGUUGCAAAAUACGAUCACAGUUCAAGUUGAAUAUUACGAAACAGGAAUUUACGGCGAUCAAUCAAUAUCAACAUUAUACGAGGCAUUGUCUUGGUUAAUUAGUAAUCAAACUCAAAAACUGCGAAAAGGAUUAUUUAUCGCACAGCCAAAAGCACGAGAAUGGGAUGAGAUUGUUGAAGAUGAUUGUAAACCUCCGGAUUUUAAUAUGUUACCUGAACGCAAUCAAGAUGUCAAUGUCGAAUACAAAAAUCGCAAAUUCAAGGUGACACGUGCUUAUCUCGAAGACAAGAAAAAGAAAAAGACUCGUGGACGAUACGAACGUGCUGAUGGCUAUUGGUAUCGAAUUCAAGCAUUAAGUGCAAGCCGAGGUUUAGAAACGGUAGCGUUGGAUGAGAAUCAUGAGAAAUUAUUAUAUAAGGAAUUGAACACCUUUGUUACUGAUAAAGAUUUCUAUGCUCGUAUUGGAAUGCCUUACCGUCGUGGAAUCCUUUUAUACGGAAAACCAGGAACCGGCAAAACAAGUCUUAUCAAUGCUAUUUCGGCUCACCUUAAUCGUGAUCUUUACUUUAUUAAUUUGAAAAAUGUUAAAUUAGAUAAUGAAUUGAGUUCUGCAUUUAGUGGUGUUCCACCUAAUCAAAUUAUUGUUUUAGAAGAUGUUGACACAAUGUCUAAAGUUAUCCAUAAACGAGCACGAAAUUCAACAUCAGUUAUUUCAGACUCUGAAAUUGGUCCGCUACCCGAAGAUUCCUCGAGUAAAGCUGGAGACAAGACGAGUGGAACAACUGGUCCAUCAUAUUCAUCAACUUUCAGUCUCUCAACUUUUCUAAGUUGCCUUGACGGUCAUAUUUUAUCCGAAGGAAACAUCAUCAUCAUGACUACAAACCACGUUGAGCAACUUGAUCCGGCAGUUAUUCGCCCGGGUCGUAUGGAUGUCAGAUUAAAUCUUGGCUAUUGCACCCAUUACCAAAUCAAUAAAAUGUAUCGAAGCGUUCUCGAAGACAAAACCGCAGAAUUUCCCAAAGAAACCCUUGAUAAGAUCCCAGAACUUAUUUUACCUCCGUGUGAAGUUAUGAUGAAAAUGGUGUUAUAUCGAAGCGAACCAGAAUUAAUUCCGGAGAAAGUUUUGGAAUUGGUUGAUAUUUAUCGAGAUAAAGAAUAUAUUCCACUCGAGGAUCUUAUAACUGAAACCGAAGAAACUGAGGGAAAGAAAGAUGAGAAUUUUGAUAAUGAAAAGAAAGAAAAGGACGAGAAUUUUGAUAAUGAAAAGAAAGAAAAGAAAGAGAAUUCUGAUAAUGAAAAGAAGGAAAAUGAAAUUUCUAAAGAAAACAAAGAAGCUGCCAAAAAAACUGAUACAAAAACAGACAUUAAAAUUGACCAUAAAUUAAAAAAGUUUGUAAUUACCACAGUUACGACAACCACCAUUGACGCUAAUAAUUCAGAUUCUAUAUAUGAGGAAAAGGACACUGAUAGUGAUACAAGUACCAUAAUAGAUUCUACAGAAACGACAAAAGAAAGUUUAGUUGAUGGUAAAAAAUCAAAAAUACAAAUAUAA